AGGAAUGGUAAAAUACAGCUAGCAAAAGAGAGAGAGAGAAGUGUUUCUCACACCUAACUCUUUAUAAUAAUAAGAGAGAAGCCAUUGCUCUCCUCCAUUACUCAACACCCCUUUUUUUUUCCCAAUCAAUCACUCUUCACUUCUCCCCACUCCUACUCCUUUUUUUUCCUUUCUAAGCAAUCCCUCUCUCUCUCUCUCUCUCUCUCUCUCUCUCUCUCUCUCUAUCUUCUUAUAUUCUCAAAUUUGAUUCCUUUUCUCUCUCUCUCUCUCUUUCAUACGAUCUGCACAGCACCAAGAACAGAGCUAAGGUUUGCAAUAAUUGUUACAACAACAACAACAACAAAAAAGAAAAGAAGAAGAAGAUGAUUGGACAAAGCUUCCCUGAGGAUCUUGAUUGUGGCAACUUCUUUGACAACAUGGAUGAUAUCAUGGACUUUCCCGGUGGAGAUAUCGAUGUCGGUUUCGGCAUAGGCGACUCCGACGCGUUCCCUACCAUAUGGACCACUCAGCACGACACCUGGCCCGCCGCUUCCGACCCUCUCUUCUCUUCCAACACCAACUCAAAUUCAUCAACUGAGCUCUAUGUUCCGUUUGAGGAUAUUGUCAAGGUGGAUAGACCACAAAGCUUUGUUGAGGAAUCCUUGGUUGAGAAGAAAGAAGAAUCGUUUUCGACAAACACAGAUUCAUCAUCUUCUCAUAGCCAAUUCAGGAGCUCAAGUCCAGUGUCGGUUCUCGAAAGCAGCUCCUCGUCGUCCCAAACCACCAACACAACCUCCCUUGUCCUCCCUGGAAAGCACGGCCGUCCACGCACAAAACGUCCUCGUCCACCGGUCCAGGAGAAGGACAGAGCCAAAGACAAUGUGUGCGGGGCAGACUCGCGCCUCAUCAUUAGGAUACCGAAGCAGUUUCUCUCAGACCACAACAAGAUGAUCAACAAGAAGAAGAAGAAGAAGGCCAAGGUUACUUCUUCCUCUUCUUCUUCCGGGAUCGAUCUUGAAGUCAAUGGAAACAAUGUCGAUUCGUAUUCUUCAGAGCAGCAACAUCCGGUUAGGAAAUGUAUGCACUGUGAGGUUACCAAGACCCCACAGUGGAGGCUUGGACCUAUGGGACCAAAGACCCUCUGCAACGCUUGCGGCGUGCGUUACAAAUCAGGGAGGCUUUUCCCGGAGUACCGUCCAGCUGCUAGCCCAACAUUCACUCCAGCUCUUCACUCAAACUCUCACAAGAAAGUGGCUGAGAUGAGAAGCAAGAGAUGCAGUGAUGGUAGCUACAUAACCGAGGAGAAUGAUCUGCAAGAACUGAUCCCGAACAAUGCCUUCAUUGGUGUAGACUAAAAACCGAGGAAAGACAGAUUCGAUUUCAAUGCCUUGAAGAAGUGAUUAGAUUUGCCAGGAGUAGGAAAGAGUCAGUGAGCAGAGAAAAAGCUUUAGCAUUAGAAGAGAUGAAUGAAGAGAGCAAUCAAUUGAAGGGGUUAGAUGAGAAUUGAUUGUGUUUGUAUUUUGUAUUUGUAGUGUGAAUGGAUGGGCCAACAAAAAAAAAAAAAACUCUUGAAACAGAGGAAAAGUAAGUUGAGGAAGAGCACAAGAUUUUGAAGACAUUAGAGAAACAAGUUAGGUGUUGAUCAGUAUUUACAUUAUAAAGCUUCCUCUCCUUCUUUUGCUCUUUCAAUUCUUUGUAUUUUUCUUGUGAGGAUUCUUUUUUCUUUUGUAGUUGAUUUGUUUUAGCUAAAGGAUUAUUUUUGUUUUUGUUUAUUGCUAAAAUCCAAUGUUAUAAAUUGUUAAUUAUUAGUAGUUGAUAGAUGGUUUCCCUACC